CGGUGAUUCGUGAUCACGGCAAGACUGCCACGCACGUCAUGUUGAGUUAACCACGCAAAUUACGCACUUGCGAAGGAAUCCGAAGACGGCCGCCCGUUGGAUUCGUCCACGCGCCGCCAACGUAAACCGUCAACGGCCGCGUACGCGUACGUUCUGCAGCUCAUUUCCCAAUUGUCUUUCAACGACCACCUUCCUUCUCCAACACCAUGUCUGCGGUUCCGUCCACGAUGCGCGCUUUGAUGCUCGUCGAGCGCGUCAAGAGCUUCACCCAGCCCGACCUCGCCUCGUGCUUCGAGGUCCAGAGCGUCCCCGUGCCGGUCCUCAGCGCCGACCAGGUGCUCGUCAAGGUCGCCUGCAGCCCUAUCAACCCGUCCAACCUCUCCCAGCUCCAGGGCGCCUACGGCGACUUUGGUGAGAUGCCGCUCCCGCAGGUCACGGGCGGUGAGGGCUCCGGCACCGUCGUCGCGGCGGGCGACAGCCCCUACGCCCAGUCGCUCAUCGGCAAGCGCGUCGGUACGGUCGCCAACCCUGCCGGUAUGUGGGCCGAGUACGUUGCUGUCUCGGCCGCUUCGUGCAUCCCGCUGACGCCCGAGACGACGUUCGAAGAUGGCGCGUCGUGCUUUGUGAACCCUCUCACCGUCGUCGCAUUUGUCGAGACGGCCCUCGCCAAGAACGUCAAGACCAUUGUGCACACGGCCGGCGCCUCGGCCCUCGGCAAGAUGCUCGUGCGCCACGCCAAGGACCAGGGCGUCAACGUUAUUGCGGUCGUGCGUCGCCAGGAGCAGGUCGACACGCUCAAGGACAUUGGUGCCGAGUACAUUGUCGACACGUCCAACGCCGAUUGGGUCGCGCAGCUGGAGAAGCUUGCGACGGAACUUGACGCCACGAUCGGGUUUGACGCUGUGGGCGGUGCGACGUCGGGCGCGGUGCUUUCGGCCAUGCCGGCCAACUCGGAGCUCUUUGUGUACGGCGCGCUUUCGGGCGAAGGUGUCAAGGGUGUGAGCCCGCGCGACUUGAUCUUCCUCAACAAGAAGGUGUCGGGCUUCUGGCUCGUCAAGUACCUUGGCCAGCGUGGCGCCGGCAUGGUCGAGAUGGUCGGCAAGGUCGCGAACGCGCUCACGAGCACGUUCCAGACCAAGAUUCGCGUCGCUUACCCGCUCGAGGAAGCUGCGGCGGCAUUCCAGGACUACUCGGCCAACAUGAGCAACGACAAGGUUGCGUUCAAGCCUUUCAACUAAGCGAUUUUUGAAUGGUGUCAUAAAUAUACUCGUAUUUUCGUAAAUAGUUUAAGUGUAAACGGUGUUGCU